AUGGACAAACACACCUUCCUGUACUUCGCCUAUGGGAGCAAUCUGCUGAAGGAGAGACUGCAGCUUAAGAACCCCUCUGCCACAGUGCACUGCGUGGCCAGGCUGAAGGACUACAAGCUUGUCUUUGGGAACCACCAAGGCUUGCCUAGUGCCCGUUGGCACGGGGGUGUGGCCACAAUUGAGCACAGUCCUGGGGACGAGGUGUGGGGAGUGGUGUGGAGGAUGAACGUGGCGGAUCUUGAAUCCCUGGACAGACAGGAAAGUGUGAAACUGGGAGCCUACAGCCCUGCGGAGGUAUCUGUCUCCACCAGGGGCCCAGAGCUGAGCUGUCGAACAUACAUCAUGAACAGUUGUGUGUACGCACCUCCAUCUCCACAGUAUCUGAAGGUGAUAGUGAUGGGAGCAGAACAGAAUGGGUUACCAAUGGAUUACCAGGAAAAACUGAAGGCCAUUGAGACCAACAAGUAUGAAGGACCCCUGUCUGUAAUGGAGGAGCUGGACCGCGCCCUGAGGACAUCAGAGAUCAGUCCUACACAAUUUCUGCCAAGUUAGGCUAAAUCAGGAUAAUUACCAUCUAUCAGCCCCGAGGUGUGCUGAGGAUAUUAUGAGGAUAUUACAUGAGCGGUUUUGUGUAAUGUUCUUAUUUUAACUCCAGGGGUCCAUUCCAGAUAGCAGACUCAAUAAGUCUUAAAUAUAAAUCUGUCGUGCUUGAGCUAGAUGCGGCAUGAAAAUUGGGUGGUCUGAUACCAAAGGUGCUAUGUUCUAAGUAGUUUAACACAUCUAUGUGUA